AUAUGCGGUUUUUUGUAAUAACUCUCCUAAUUACUCCAGUACUAUCUGCCCGGGAAAAAGAUCCUGUUUAUUCCGGGAGCCACGACAUUGAUAAAAUUGUAGUACCAGUUAACAUGAUUAAUGACGAAUACAGAGGAUCAACUUUUUUCUUUGUUAUGAAAGAUUAUAAAGGACUCUAUGUAUCAAUAAAUGGCACAGUUACUAAAUUAUUAGACGAUGGCACUGAUGUAACAUCAACAAAUGAUAUGACUGACAAAGUUUUUUUUGCAACUAAACGUGGUAUAUACAUCUAUAACCCCAAAAAGAAUACAGCUGAUAAAUAUGGCAAUUUUGAUCAAGAACUAAUUGGUAUUGCCAAUGAGAAUGUGAAUGAUACAAUUUUCGUUCUUACGAAAGAUAAAGAAGUCUUUAAAGUUGUUGACAAUGGUACAAUGAAAUUUGAAACAAACUAUACUAAUGUAGAUCAAAUAAUGCUUGAUAAUUUAAACAAUCUUUACUUUCUAAUUGGGAAAGACCCUUACGUCGUAACAGAGAAUGAAGGUGUUAAAAAAGUUGAAGGUCUACCUGUAAAUCCAUCGUACGUUAAACUAGCGAAACAUGUAGAGAUUGUUUACGAUGGAAUUAUUUUUAUAUCUGACAAAACACUCUUUAGUAUCAAUACGAAUGGUAUUGCAGAAGGAUUUACUGGAAAUGAAUUUGACGUAGCACUUACAGCGGUUUCCGUAGAGGACGUAUCUAAAAACUAUUACGCUUAUGACAAGAAAAUUUAUGAAAUGAAUAUAGGAGAAAUUAUUUUCAUGAAUAUUUACUGUAUCUCACCGGUUUAGCGAAAAAAUCAUUGAAAGCAAGAAAUCACAGUUAACAUUGAUGAGCGUGCAGAUUUUUCAGAUUUUUUAUAUAAAACGCAAAAACUCCCGAAAUAUUAGACUCUAUUUGUUUAUUAGAUUCUAUCUGUCAAGUAUAAUUUCAUAAACCAUGUCACAAAGACACUCUUUUUAGUUCUGAAUCAAAAUUCUAUUGUUUAUGGCACUCGCUACUGAACUAAAAAAUUUCAUUGUAGUUCUGUACACAGAACUAUAAUGAGAAAUUAUAGUCUGUACACAGAACUAUAAUGAGAAAUUAUAGUCUGAACACAGAAAUUAUAAUGAGAAAUUAUAGUCUGUACACAGAACUAUAAUGAGAAAUUAUAGUCUGUACACAGAAGUACAAUAAGUUUCAAAAACAGAACGUCGUAUUUUUGCUAAUUAAAAUAUCCAAUGUGACGCUACUGAUUGUUAAAAAGGGCCUAAAUUUUUAUAACCGGGCAUAAAUCUUUAAAAAUUCUUUAAAAUUUGGCCACAUCUAUUCUUUCUCUUUGGUUUUUUUUGUUUUCUAACGUUUUUUUGGAUUUCGUUUGAAUUUGUUGUCAUGGAUUGCUAACAAAAUA